UCCUCCUCCUCCUCCGUGGCAGGCGUCCACCUUUCCUUCCCUCCACCGCCGCCGUUUCGUAACCGCUUACGAGAGACCAGUCGGGAGCAGCCCUCUCUUAAGGAGCGCGGUUGGCGGGAGGCGCUCCCCACUCCGAGAAGGCGAGGCUGCCCCGACGGAAGGGACGGACCUGCCCGCAUCAGCAGCAGCACCAGUCUCACUAACCCUAAGCAGGAGGAGGAAGAGGAGGAGGAAGAGGCUCUUCUGCUCCCAAAGUCGCCCUCCAGGAUUUGCCGGAGGGACUGGCUUUCAUCUCCAUCCCCUGAAAGAAUCCUUCAUGUGGUUGUGAUCCAAAACAGCAGCAAUGAAGAUAAGGCUCUCUGCCAUAGCAGUUGCUGCCCUUUGUACAGCUCUUCUACUCUGCUCGAUAGAGGCUGAAGUUAAUCCGCCAUCAGACUUGAAAUUUAAAAUUAUAGAUGAACGUACUGUUCAGAUGACAUGGACGAGGCCAUCUGACGCAAUAGAAGGUUACAGGAUAACAGUGACCCCUACAACUGAUGGACCUUCUAGAGAAUUUACUCUAGCACCCAGUUCUACUGAAACAUUACUAAGAGACCUCACAGCUGAUAUUGAAUAUCUUGUAACAAUAAGUUCAUAUGACAACAUAGAAGAGAGUAUAUCAGUCUCUGGACAACUUACAAUCCAAACAGGUGGUUUAAUAACAACAGGAGAAAAGAAGAUUGAAGAAAUUCAGUUACAAAGAUGUUCCCUUAGUGCUGUUACAGACCUCGUUUUUCUUGUUGAUGGGUCUUGGAGUGUGGGCAGAAACAACUUCAAAUACAUAUUGGAUUUUAUUGUUGCACUGGUAUCAGCUUUUGAUAUUGGAGAAGAUAAGACAAGAGUUGGAAUAGUACAGUACAGCUCUGAUACAAGGACUGAGUUCAACUUGAAUCAGUAUUACAGACAGAGGGACCUCAUUGAAGCAAUAAAAAACAUACCCUACAAAGGAGGCAAUACAAUGACAGGAGAAGCAAUUGAAUAUUUGAUGAGGAAUACAUUCGUUGAAUCUGCUGGGUCAAGAAAAGACUUUCCCAAAGUGGCAAUUAUAAUUACGGAUGGAAAGUCACAGGAUGAAGUAGAAAUUCCUGCAAGAGAACUUCGUGCUGCAGGAGUUGAAGUAUUUUCCUUGGGGAUCAAGGCAGCAGACGCUAAAGAACUGAAGUUAAUUGCAUCUCAGCCCUCACUGACGCAUGUAUUCAAUGUGGCCAACUUCGAUGGCAUUGUGGAUAUACAGAAUGAAAUAGUCUCACAAGUCUGUUCAGGUGUUGAUGAACAGUUGGGUGAACUUGUUAGUGGAGAAGAAGCUAUUGAACCUCCUGCAAACCUUGUCGCUACACAAAUCUCAUCGAGAUCAAUUAGAAUCACUUGGUCUCCAUCUCCCAGUGAAAUAACUGGCUACAAGAUAGACAUGAUUCCCAUGUUAGCUGGUGUCAAACAACAGUCACUGAGCGUGGGACCUCAAACCACUGCUUUUAAUGUAAAAGACCUUUCUGCGGACACAGAAUACCAAAUUAAUGUGUAUGCAAUGAAAGGACUAACUCCCAGUGAGCCAAUAACUAUAAUGGAAAAAACACAGCCUGUCAAAGUCCAAGUGGAAUGUUCAAAAGGAGUGGAUGUCAAAGCUGAUAUUGUGCUGCUGGUUGAUGGCUCCUACAGUAUUGGCAUUGCUAAUUUUGUUAAAGUAAGAGCAUUUUUGGAAGUGUUAGUUAAAAGCUUUGAAAUCUCACCUGAGAAAGUCCAAAUAAGUCUUGUCCAGUAUAGCAGAGAUCCUCAUACGGAGUUUACUUUGAACAGAUACAACAGAAUUGACGAUAUAAUUCAGGCUAUUAACACCUUCCCUUACAGAGGUGGAUCUACAAACACAGGCAAAGCAAUGACUUACGUAAGGGAAAAAAUCUUUGUUACAGGCAGAGGUGCAAGACCAAAUGUGCCCAGGGUCAUGAUUUUAAUUACUGAUGGGAAAUCAUCAGAUGCUUUUAAAGAUCCUGCCAUAAAACUCAGGAACUCUGAUGUAGAAAUAUUUGCAGUUGGUGUUAAGGAUGCUGUACGGACAGAACUGGAAGCAAUCGCUACACCACCUGCAGAAACCCACGUGUAUACAGUGGAAGACUUUGAUGCUUUCCAAAGAAUAUCAUUUGAGCUCACACAGUCCGUCUGCCUACGAAUUGAACAGGAACUUCGAGAGAUUAAGAAGAAAUCUUACUUACCUGCAAGAAAUCUACAAGUUUCCGAAGUGGGUUCUUACAGCUUCAGAGUUACUUGGUCUCCAGCAGGACCUGAAGUUUUGUCUUAUCUUGUCAAGUAUAAAGUGGCUGUUGAUGGAGAGGAAUUCAUGGUUUCUGUACCAGCUCCAGUUACUAACACAGUUCUUACUAAUUUACUACCAAAAACCACAUAUGCUGUCAGUGUAAUUGCAGAAUAUGAAGAUGGUGAUGGCCCUCCAUUGGAUGGGGAGGAAACAACUUUAGAAGUCAGGGGAUCACCACGAAAUUUAAGAAUAACAGAUGAAACAACAGAUAGCUUUAAAGUUGGAUGGUCACCAGCUCCAGGGAAUGUUCUGAGAUAUAGGCUUGCAUAUAGACCAGUUGCUGGUGGUGAGAGAAGACAAGUAACAGUCUCAGCAAAUGAAAGAGCAACAACUCUACAGAAUCUGAAGCCAGAUACAAGAUAUGAAGUCUCUGUUACUGCUGAAUACCAGUCUGGAGUAGGAAAUCCAUUAACUGGGCAUGGAAAAACUGAAGAAGUUCUGGGAAGACCAAGAGACUUGAAAGUUUCUGAUCCUACAACAUCCUCAUUGAAGCUAUCCUGGAAUUCAGCACCUGGCAAAGUACAACAGUACCUUGUAACAUAUACUCCAGCAACAGGAGGAGACACUAAAGAAGUGACUUUAAGAGGAGAUACUACCACUACUGUUCUCAGAGACUUGGAGCCAGGAACAAGAUAUGGUUUAUCUGUGACUGCCCUUUAUGCAUCAGGAGCAGGGGAUGCUCUUUCUGGACAAGGAGACACACUUGAAGAACGUGGUUCUCCUCGUGACUUGGUUACUAGAGAUAUAACUGAUACCACAGUUGGUGUGUCAUGGACAGCAGCUCCAGGAUCAGUUAAUCGUUACAGAAUUGUAUGGAAGUCACUUUAUGGUGAUGACUCUGGAGAGACCACAGUUCCUGGAAAUAUAAUAAAUACUGUACUAGAAAACCUUCAGCCUGAGACUAGGUAUAAGAUUUCAGUCUUGGCUUCUUACAGAAGUGGAGAAGGAGCUCCUUUGGAGGGAGAAGCGACAACAGAAGUCUCACCAAGCGCGAGGACUCUGAGAGUGGAUGAUGAAAAAGAGACCUCAAUGAGAGUUUCUUGGCAAGCUGCUCCUGGAAGAGUUAUCAGCUAUCGUGUAGUUUACCGACCUCGCAGAGGAGGAAGGCAAAUGGUCACAAAAGUGCCACCUUCAUCCACCACAACAGUAUUGAAGCGCCUCCAGCCUCUGACUACAUAUGACAUCUCCGUCAUCCCAAUGUAUAAGACUGGUGAAGGAAAACACAGACAAGGCGAAGGAACAACAGCUUCCCCAUUUAAACCACCUAGAAAUUUGAAGACAUCUGAUUCUACAAUGUCAAGCUUUCGUGUCACCUGGGAACCAGCCCCAGGGGAAGUCAAAGGUUACAAAGUAACUUUUCACCCAAUGGGAGAGGACAGACGCCUUGGAGAAUUAGUUGUUGGUCCAUAUGACAAUACAGUUGUAUUGGAGGAGCUCAGGGCAGGUACUUCCUAUAAAGUGAAUGUUUUUGGAGUGUUUGAAGGAGGCGAAAGUAUGCCAUUGAUAGGAGAAGAAAUGACCACCCUUUCAGAUGCCACUGUGGUGCCAAUUUUAUCUACAGGCUUGGAAUGUAAGACUAGAGCCGAAGCAGAUAUUGUCUUGCUUGUGGAUGGCUCGUGGAGUAUUGGUCGUCCAAAUUUUAAAACAGUCCGCAGCUUCAUCGCUCGCAUUGUUGAAGUGUUUGAUAUUGGUCCUGACAAAGUACAGAUUGGUCUUGCACAGUAUAGUGGAGACCCUAGAACAGAAUGGCAGCUCAAUUCACACAAAACCAAGCAAAGUUUAAUGGAUGCUGUGGCCAACUUGCCAUACAAAGGAGGCAACACUUUAACAGGAAUGGCUUUGAAUUUCAUUUUAAGAAAUAAUUUCAAACCAGAAGCUGGCAUGAGGCCCGGAGCUCGCAAAAUUGGAGUCCUGAUUACUGAUGGCAAAUCACAAGAUGACAUUGUUGCUCCUUCACAAAGACUGAAGGAUCUGGGAGUAGAGCUUUAUGCUGUUGGUAUCAAGAAUGCAGAUGAGAAUGAGUUAAAACAGAUUGCAUCAGAUCCAGAUGAAACCCACGCAUACAAUGUUGGAGAUUUCACUCUCCUUGUUAAUAUUGUUGAUGACCUCACUGUUAAUUUGUGCAAUAGUGUCAAAGGCCCAGGUGAUUUGGCCCUACCACCCACUAAUCUAGUGACCUCAGAGGUGACCCCUCGUUCCUUCAGAGUUUCUUGGACUGCACCGGCAGAGAGUGUUGAUAGGUACAGGGUUGAGUAUUAUCCUGCUGCUGGAGGGACGCCACAAGAGGUCUUUGUCAGUCGAUCAGAGACUACUACUGUUCUGACUGGCCUCAAGCCUGAAACAGAGUAUGUUGUGAAUGUAUUUUCUGUUGUUGAAGGAACCAACAGUGAACCUCUAAAGGGCACAGAAACAACUUUGGCAAUCCCUACAGUUAGAAACCUGAAUGCUUAUGACAUUACCUCAACCACAAUGCGAGUGCGAUGGGAACCUGUCAGUGGAGCUAGUGGCUAUGUGUUGUUGUAUGAACCCGUCAAUGCCACAGUGCCAGCAACAGAAAAAGAGAUGCGUCUUGGAGCAUCAGUAAAUGAUAUCCAGCUGGUUGAUUUGAUUCCCAACACUGAAUACACUUUAACAGUUCAUGCAAGUUUUGGAGACCUCAUUGGUGAUCCACUCACCACUCAGGAAGUCACAUUGCCCCUGAGCGGAGCGAAAAGCUUAAAUAUCAGGGAUAUUACUCACAGCAGCAUGAGAGUCAAUUGGGAACGGGCCCCAGGGAAAGUGCGUAAAUACAAGCUGAGAUACAAAGCAACUGAAGAUGUUGAACUAAAAGAGCUGGAGGUGGAUCCAUCCCGGACAAGCACAGUUCUUCCUGAUUUGUUUUCAAAAACACUGUAUAAUGUUGAACUUGUUGCAGUGUACGAUGAAGGAGAUUCUGUGCCAAUAGCUGCACGAGCCACUACUUUACCCGUACCAGCACCACAAAAUCUGAGAACUGAUCAAGUCACCAAGACCUCUUUCCGGGGUACUUGGGACCAUGGAGCAGCCGAUGUAGCUCUCUAUAGAGUAAUGUGGGGGCCAUACGGUGGGACUGAAAAACAGGAGACUAUUCUAAAUGGUGAUGAAAAUACACUUGUUUUUGAAAAUCUGACACCAGACACAUUGUACGACAUCUCAGUUACUGCAAUUUAUCCUGAUGAAUCAGAGAGUGAUGAACUGAUUGGCAGUGAGCGCACAUUGCCUAUUAUACCAAUAACAACACCAGUGCCAAAGAGUGGUCCACGAAACCUUCAGGUAUACAAUGCUACAUCCAAUAGUUUGACUGUGAAAUGGGAUCCUGCCAUCGGACGAGUGCAGCGAUAUAGGAUCACUUAUCGACCUACAAGCAGUGAUGGUCCUGAACAAUCGACCACAGUAGGAGGGAGGCAAAACAACGUUGUACUCCAGAAGCUGCAGCCUGAUACACCUUAUAGUGUUACUGUUUCAUCUAUAUAUGCAGACGGUGAAGGAGGACAGAUGACAGGCAGAGGCAAAACUAAACCUCUAAACACUGUAAGGAACCUCAGAGUUUAUGAUCCAACCACCAGCACAUUGAACGUACGAUGGGAUCAUGCUGAAGGGAAUCCACGUCAGUACAAGGUGUUUUAUGCACCAGUGUCAGGAGGUGCAGAUGAACUGGCAACUGUCCCAGGGAACACAAAUUAUGCUAUUCUAAGGAAUCUACAGCCUGACACACAAUACAAAGUAACAGUGGUUCCUUCUUACCCAGAAGGAGAUGGAGGCCGAGUGUCUGAUAAUGGGAGGACAUUGAUAAGAGGAACUCCAAGAAGCAUUCAAGUGUAUAACCCAACAACAAAUAGCCUUAAUGUCCAAUGGGAACCUGCACCAGGGCCAGUACAGCAGUACAGAGUUGUCUAUGCUCCAUUGGUUGGCCAACGGCCAUCAGAAUCUGUUGUAGUACCAGCCAACAUGCGUAACGUUUUACUUGAGCGCCUAGUGCCCGAUACUCCCUAUUCAGUUAAUGUUGUUGCAUUAUAUGCUGAUGGAGAAGGAGAUCCCAGCCCUGGACAGGGAAAGACAUUGCCUCGCAGUGGGCCCAGGAACAUAAGAGUUUUUGAUCCUACUACAAACAGUCUUUCUGUUCAGUGGGACCAUGCUGAUGGACCAGUGCAACAAUACAGAAUCAUAUAUUCCCCCACUGUUGGUGACCCUAUAGAUGAAUAUACAACAGUACCUGGUAGAAGAAACAAUGUACUGCUUCAGCCUUUGCAGUCAGAUACACCCUAUAAAAUUACAGUUGUGGCAGUUUAUGAAGAUGGAGAUGGCGGACAGAUAGUUGGAAAUGGAAAAACAGUUGGACUGCUUGCUCCUCGGAACAUACACAUUUCAGAUGAAUGGUAUACCCGAUUUAGAGUUUCCUGGGAUCCUGCACCAUCUCCAGUUCUUGGGUACAAAAUUGUGUAUAAACCAGUAGGUUCUGAUGAGCCCAUGGAGGUGUUUGUUGGAGAAGUGACUGCUUAUACACUGCACAAUUUAUCUCCCAGUACUUCCUAUGAUGUAAAUGUUUAUGCUCAAUAUGAUGCUGGACUUAGUGCACCCCUGGUUGAUCGAGGCACUACAUUGUACUUGAAUGUCACUGAUUUGACCAGUUACAAUGUGGGCUGGGACACUUUUUGUGUCAGAUGGGCAGCUCAUCGGUCAGCCUCUUCUUACAGACUGAAGCUAAAUCCUGCUGAUGGAUCUAGAGGACAAGAAAUUACAGUUCGUGGAACAGAAACCAGCCACUGUUUCACCGGCCUUUCCCCAGACACUGAGUAUGAUGCUACCAUCUUUGUUCAGACUCCAAAUCUUGAGGGUCCUCCAGUGUCUACAAGAGAGCGGACAUUAAUAAAACCAACAGAACCACCGACAGAAGCACCAACCCCUCCUCCACCCCCUACAAUCCCACCUGCUCGAGAUGUGUGUAAAGGUGCCAAAGCAGAUAUAGUCUUCUUGACUGAUGCUUCCUGGAGUAUUGGAGAUGACAAUUUCAACAAAGUAGUGAAAUUUAUUUUCAAUACCGUUGGAGGCUUUGACUUAAUCAACCCUGCUGGAAUUCAGGUUUCCUUUGUGCAAUACAGUGAUGAUCCAAAACCUGAAUUUAAUUUGAAUAGAUAUGAUGAUAAAGCACUAGCACUGGGAGCACUUCAGAAUAUUCGAUACAAAGGAGGAAACACAAAAACUGGCAAAGCCCUUACUUUUAUCAAAAACAAAGUCUUGACAUGGGAAAGUGGCAUGAGAAAAGGUGUUCCCAAGGUACUUGUCGUUGUAACAGAUGGUCGAUCACAGGAUGAAGUGAUGAAAGCUGCAUCUGUCAUACAGCACUCUGGUUUCAGUGUCUUUGUUGUUGGUGUGGCGGAUGUUGAUUACCAUGAACUGGCCAAAAUUGCUAGCAAGCCCAGCGAACGUCAUGUUUUUAUAGUUGAUGACUUCGAUGCUUUUGAAAAGAUUGAAGACAACCUCAUCACUUUUGUUUGUGAGACAGCUACCUCAUCUUGCCCUCUCAUGUAUUUGGAUGGAUAUACCUCUCCUGGUUUCAGGAUGCUGGAAGCUUACAACUUAACAGAGAAGUAUUUUGCUUCUGUACCAGGAGUUUCCUUGCAAUCAGGAUCUUUCCCCAGCUAUAUGGCGUAUAGGCUUCAGAAAAAUGCCUUUGUCAGCCAACCCACAAGAGAGAUUCAUCCAGAUGGAUUACCAAAGGCUUACACUAUCAUAUUUUUAUUCCGUCUUCUACCGGAAACCCCCACUGAACCAUUUGCAAUUUGGCAGAUAACAGACAGAGAUUAUAAACCACAAGUUGGAGUUGUUCUUGACCCAUCCAACAAAGUAUUAUCAUUCUUUAACAAGGACACAAGGGGAGAGAUUCAGACAGUUACAUUUGAAGGUGAUGAAGUGAAGAAACUCUUUUAUGGAAGUUUCCACAAGGUUCAUAUUGUUGUAACACCCACAAGUGCUAAAAUCUACAUUGACUGUGUUGAAAUCCUGGAAAAACCAAUCAAUGAAGGUGGAAAUAUUACAAACGAUGGUUAUGAGAUACUUGGCAAACUACAGAAAGGUGAUAGGAAAACAGCUGCACUUGAGCUCCAGAACUUUGACAUUGUGUGCAAUGCAGUUUGGACCAGCAGAGAUAGAUGCUGUGACAUUCCUUCUAGGAGGGAUGAAGCUAAAUGUCCAUCGUUACCAAAUGCCUGCACAUGUGCACAGGAUAGUGUGGGACCCCCAGGACCUCCAGGACCAGCGGGUGGCCCAGGUUCUAAAGGCCCAAGAGGAGAAAGAGGUUUAACUGGACCUCCUGGGGAUCUUGGUCCUCGUGGAGAUGUGGGACCACCAGGCCCUCAAGGCCCACCAGGACCACAGGGGCCAAAUGGACUUUCCAUUACAGGAGAACCAGGCCGCCAGGGGUUGAAAGGUGAUGCUGGAGAGCCUGGGCUACCAGGUCGAUCGGGAUCUCCGGGUUUAACUGGCCCACCUGGUCCAAUGGGACCUCCAGGUGACAGGGGGUUCACUGGAAAAGAUGGCCCCGCUGGACCAAGAGGUCCCCCAGGACCAAUGGGUGCCCCUGGAGUGCCUGGAGUGGCUGGCCCAACUGGAAAGUCAGGGAAACCAGGGGAUCGUGGGUCACCGGGCCCAGUUGGAUUGAAAGGUGAAAAAGGAGACCGUGGAGAUAUUGCAUCCCAGAAUAUGAUGCGAGCUGUUGCAAGACAAGUCUGUGAACAAAUGAUAAAUGGUCAAAUGACCCGAUUCAACCAGAUGCUGAAUCAGAUUCCAAAUGAUUACAGUUCAAACCGCAAUCAGCCUGGGCCAUCAGGUCCCCCUGGUCCACCGGGACCUCCUGGGUCAAGAGGAGAACCAGGGGCUGGAGGCAGGCCAGGAUUCCCAGGAUCACCUGGCAUGCAGGGACCCCCUGGAGAAAGAGGUUUAGCUGGAGAGAAAGGUGAAAGAGGAAUUGGAUCACAAGGACCACGAGGGUUACCUGGGGCACCAGGUCCACAAGGGGAAUCCAGAAUGGGCCCACCAGGAGCCACAGGCUCACGCGGACCACCUGGUCCACCUGGGCGUCCUGGUAAUUCAGGUAUCAGAGGCCCUCCUGGGCCUCCUGGAUACUGUGAUUCUUCCCAGUGUGCUAGCAUUGCUUACAACGGCCAAGGAUAUCCAGGUUGACCACUCAUCUAAAGUUCCGGCUAACACCUUUUCUAAGUCACCAGUGCUGUUUACAGUCUGAAUAGAAUGAAAAUCCUGUUUCUGAGAUGUUUGCGCACGUGCUUAUUAGGAAGUAAAUCAGUAUGGAUAUUUCACCAUAGAUAAUGGUUAAAUGAGCAAUGUUGACCACAUAAGAUGGACAGAUUAUUUUUAUAUACUUACUAACAAGAAUGCAGUAAAAAACAAGGAAGUGUUUCAUUUGUUAAAGCGAGAGGAGAUAAACCCAGCCUUUAUAUUCAUAUUCUUCUCUCCAGCCCAGUAACAGAAGUCCCAGUGGCAAUGGAGACUUAUAGAACUAGUAACUAAUGGAUGUAACACCACCAUAGAUUUACCUUGGUGAAACAGACUGACUUUAUGUAAAUAGUAAACUAAUUGUGGCUUGUAAAUGGUUUGUAUGGGAUCAUGUCAACUAAAACAACUUAACAACAUUACAUUGUGCUUUUGCAUUAAAGACUGCCACUGCUGUGCUGCUGUCUUUUCCCCAUGUGCUAUCCUAACCUCUUUGAAACUGCUAGAAAACUUUCUCUUUGUUGCUAAUCAUGGUUUCCAUUUUCAGCAUCACCUUGUCUGAUUUAGGACUGGGGCUCUUUUGUAUAUGUAAUCUUAUUACAAAUGCACAACAAAAAUAAUUGAUUUUUAUUCUGGUCUUCUUCCAGUGUUUGGUGUUCCUCUAAUACCAGCUUAAUCUAAUAUAAGGAACACUGCCAAAAACAAUAUUUACUCAGUGUUGCCAUUGGUGAACACUUGGUGAAGAUAUCAGCUGUACUUUUUGAAACUUUUUUUAAAAAACAAGUCACAUGCUUGAGGUUUUCCAUUUUGACAAACCGUACUAUUUUUGGCACUAUGGAUUUCUAUUUUUGGCACUAUGUAUGUCACACUUAGAUUUCUGUUUCCAUCCAUAUACUUUCCUCUCAUUUUUAUGAUUUCCUUCCUUCCUCCAAAUUGACAACUGCAUUUUAAUUAUUACUAUUCUAUGUACAUCUUGCAAAACUAAUCUGCAAUCUUGUGGUUUUUUUGCUUGGGAAUUCACUCCCUUUGAACACUGGGUGAUGACGUAUUCCUGAGUAUAUAUACAUAGAAUUUAAGUUUUAAUAUUUUAAUGAUAUUAAAUUGUUUUUGUUUAUGCUUUGUUUAAUGUGAGCUGCUUUGAAGAAACUUUUUGUUUGUUUGUUUCAAAAGGCAACAUAAAAGUUUCUCAAUGAGUAAGCAAAUAGUGCAUUGAUCCCAUUUGGAGUAGACCUCUUUCCUCAUUUGAAACUCAAUGACAGUUUCACACUGUUCUCUUUGUUGGAGAAAGAGGUCUUUAUACCUAAUGCAAUACCUGCAUGAAUCAUUGGCUCAAGAUUAUUUACUGGGAAGUUAAUAGCCUUUUUGUUUUAUUUUGGAUGGAACUCACUUCCAAGUAAAUGCCCUAAGGAACAAAGCCAUAAAUAAAUGUGUCCAUCCUGGUAUUACUAAAACAAUAGUUUUU